AUGAAUAAAGAAGAGGAAGAGAAGAGUCGACCGUCUUCGCGGCGUAACUCGGCCAGCCUGUCUCGUCGGAGUAGUGUCGACAAAACAGUGCAUUCAACAAACUCAACACCGAAGAAAACUCAAAAGUUUGACUUUGUCGUUACGGGAAAGCAGAUUUUAAAAAAAAGUGACAGGGCUCAAUCUCUUCCUGGUGGUUUGCGGCGACAGUCAGCCGAUUCGUUGAGAAAGAAAAUCGAUUCGCCAAAGAGAAUUCAAACGAAGAGUCGUGACGCAUCGUUGGACGAUGAUAUGUCUUUGGAUUUAUCUCAGGUGUCAGAUUUCGAAGAUACCAAUUCAAAAUAUGGCGUAAAAAAAUUCACAACAUCAACACCUAAGAAGGUGCACAGGCGGCUGAUUCAGAGUGUGCUGACAGACAAACACAACAAGUCACUUGAAUCUCGGAGCAAGGAGAGUUCGUUCAGUCGGGACAGCAAAUCCAGUUUUGGUGCUUACAGACAUACAAUGAGCACAGAAAUGGAAUGCUCAUCAGCAUCACCUGGCUCUGCUCCGUCAUCAACUGACAGCGUGCAUGGGUUUCCACCGGAUACGUUAAUGUCCUCAAGAAGUCAGGAUCUGCUGGACAGCUGCUGCGUAAGUACUUGGCAAGAAUCUGAACCAAAGCCAACUGGAGAAUGGAGCAAUUUUUGGGCUAAUUAUAAUAAUUCUUUAGCCAGGGUUCCUAUAAGCCGAUAUUAUGACCAAUGUCCUACACCGUACCGUACUGAGGACUUUGAACUUACUGAUUUUGAUCUCUCAAACGAAGGCUUAAAACGCUCACCUGACGACAUAACCAACAUAAAUUACAUAAUUCGAAACGAAGGAUUACACCUUACCCCACGUGAAACGCAAAAUAUCAUUAAAUGUACACACAUUUUAGGGAAUGUCCUCACAAAAGCGAUAGAAAGGCAAUCCAAAGAAUGUCAAAAAGUUUUUCCCGAACCUAUCAUAGAUCCCGAAAAGGAUUUAAAGAAAAAAUCAAUGUCGUUAAAUCUGAAAGAGACAGUGCUACCUCUAGAAGUAAAAGAGGAGAAGACAUGGGAGUCUGUGCCGACACAAACCGACAUUUCGUUGCCGAACACGAAGAGUGCGCCGAAGAUUUUUGAAAAAAUUCUUCGUCAAUUGUCAAAGUCAUCACUCGAAGAAAAGGUGUUAAGUGAAACUCCGGAAGAAAGUCAGGAAACGAAAAUUGAGGAAGUUAAAGAGACAAAUUAA